AUGAAUCCUGACCAUGAAGACCUCCCGGAAGCGUUUCAGCGAGCGAUAAGAGAUAUCAAACUGUACUCAAACCGUGUAUGGGCGGUUGCAGGAGAAAACCUACCUGAUUUGCUACCGCAAAGUACGCAAAUGUUGUCUCAUUUCGAGAUACUAAGUGACUACAACGUUCAUCAGUCAUGUAAUUUCGAGUUUUGUGAGUACUCUCAGCGUGACUUCACAGCUGUUCAACAGCAACAUGAGUGCAAAGAUGCCAGCUGCAUGCAGAUGCGGGGGCAGUUUCCAAGGGAAAUACUCCACCAUGCUGCCAGUAGUGGAAGUUCGACAGUGUGGAAUUUAGCGGGGAACGCCAUGCUUGAGCCUCCUCGACCAUACAUGGCAGUUUCUCAUGUCUGGUCAGAUGGCACUGGGCCCGGCGCAUGGGAAGAUGGAAGAGUCAAUGAAUGCCUGUACAAUUUCUUCCGAGAGAUUGCAGAACAGUUCCUAUGUGAAGGGAUUUGGUGGGACACCAUUUGCAUUCCAAGAGAAAAAGCCGCUCGGAAUAAAGCCAUCCAUAACAUUCAGAGCAACUAUAAAAGUGCCCAAAUCACAUUGGGGCAUGAUUGCUUCCUCCGGAAUUGGAACUGGAACCCAGAAACUGCAUGCUUUGGGAUACUAAUGUCCCCUUGGUUCAGUCGAGGCUGGUCUGCCCUGGAGUUAGCCAACUCCCGCAAGGUGAAAUUUAUUUUCAAAGGACCUUCUGGACCUAUGAUAAAGGAUCUUGAUGAAGAGAUUCUUGCAAAGACGGAUGAAUGCGGUGGCCCACACAAAGAAGCUACCAAGAUCAUCCAAAGCCUACGCAAGGAAAUCACUUCUUUAAAUGAUCUCCUGACCGUGUUAGGCCCACGACAUACUCUUGGCCAAAAGACCUUGCCAUCAUUUCUGCACUCCUUGUCGGUGUUACGCCGGAAGAGAAACUGCAGACUACAUACAAAAAGAUCCUCACAAAGAUCAGAAAGAUCUCAUAUGGACACCUCUUUCAUGAUUCUGCGAGCAUGUCGGCCGAGCUCAGCUGGUGUCCAACUAGUUUAUCUAACCAUCUGCCAGGAUGGAGUUCAUGGAACGUGGUGUGUUAAGAAGGCCGAUAGCAAGACAGAAGGAAUUUGUUCAUGGCGUGGUUCGCAUCCACUGAUCAGACAGAUACUUCAAAAGGCCCUCAAAGAUUCCGGUCGGUGCUGGCUUUUAGCCAAAUGUGGUACAAAGUCAGUGAAAGAGGCAUUAUUGGUGAGGAAGAUACAGGGCGUGCGCUAUCAAUACGUUGGCGCGUUACCGUCGAGAUCUCAUGUCAAAAAACAUCAAUGGUUGGAUCGAGGAGAAAGUAACAAUUUCAAGCCUGAAUAUCACGGACAAAAGGUCGAGAUGUUACGACGUGCGGUAUGGACAGGAGAUCAUAAGACAGUCUCAGAGCUGGGCAGAAAAGCCAAGCUACAUGUUCCAGACUCACCUGGACAGUCCCUACUUCAUCUUGCCGCGGAGCCCGGUGACACCAGAAUAGUUAAAUUUCUGCUGAUGAGAUCCGAUUUGAAUCAUAGAUCCAGCGACGGACAGACUGCGUUGCAUCGAGCGGCUUGGGGAGGGUCUGAUUCCGUCGUGGAAUUGUUGUUGAAUCAUCACAUCGAUUCAAAUGUGAAAGAUAACGACGGCAAUGUUGCAUUGCACAUAGCUGCCCGGAUGGGAUUCUUGUAUAUUGUUAGGAUCCUCUUCAAAAGACACAUAAACACAGGGGGCUGCAACAAACUCACAGCUCUGCAUUAUGCAGUCAUAAAUAGGCAUAUACAAGUGGCUCUACUGUUGCUCGAGAACAAGGCUAGAGUCAACGUUCAGGAUGGCAAGCUUGGGUGGACACCGUUACAUUGUGCAGCUGGCGUCGGAGAUGAGGGUCUAGUCGAAAUCCUUUUCGAAGCAGGCGCUGAAGUGAACAGUAAAGAUCAUGAGGUUGGCUGGACACCGAUGCAUCUUGCAGCUAUGUACGGGCACAACAGCAUCAUGCGGCUGCUUAGGAGAAAGGGUGCUGAUUUUGAUGGGGAGGACAACUAUGGUUGGACCCCGCGACGAUUUUCGAACAUGAAGGCGCCGGGAGCUGCCGAACUUCGAACUAGCGAUUGUUCCGAAGCAUUCGCUUGGACACCGUUGCACUGUAUGUCAAUGAACAACCAGAAUGAGUUCUUCAAAUUCUUGGUUAAAAAUGACGCAAGUGCUUUUUUCUAUCGUCAACAUAAGAGAGUUAGAACUUGA